AUGGACUUCCUUUGUUUUGUCAGAGGUGUAGAAAUCAGGAAGAUGGGACCGAUAUCUUUAAAAUGGCUUCAGUUGGUGCUCAUUUGUUCCUUUUAUUCGUAUGUAAGCUGUAGUUCUGUGGAGCAGAAGAUCUAUGUGGUCCUGAACAAGACGACUCCAUGUGUCCGGCUUCUCAAUGCCACCCAUCAGAUCGGGUGUCAGUCGUCCAUAUCAGGAGACACGGGGGUUCUUCAUGUGCUGGAGACGGAGGAUGACCUGGACUGGAUCAUCAAAACGGGGCCUCACGCUCCAUACAUGGUGCUCAUGGAGUCGCCUGCCUUCAACAGAUCUACAGUGAUGAGACUGAAGAACUCCAGUCGGGUUGCAGGAGUGGCGGUCAUUCACAUGAGCACACCUCCAGAGCAGGGAUUCUCUCCUCAUACAUCAUGCCCUAACCAGAACAUGGGCGUGUACACUGAGAAAUACGGUCCUGAACUGGCCAACUGCAGCACUACAGUGUGGAACCCUCUGGGGAACGGCUUGUCCUACGAAGACUUCCCUUUCCCUGUUUUCUCUCUCCGUGAUGACAAUGAGACUCAAGUCAUUCGCAAGUGUUACGAGGAUCACAACAUGCGUGCGAAUGGCAGUGCUCCUGAGUACCCACUGUGUGCCAUGCAGCUCUUCUCUCACAUGCACGCAGUCACAGAUACAGUAACCUGUAUGCGACGCACAGACCUGCAAAACAGCUUCAGCAUCAACCCAGAGCAGCUGUGCGAUCCUUUAAUGGACUUCAACGUGUGGGCGACCAUCCGACCCAUUAACGCCACCGCCAAGGGACACAAGGAGAACGAGAGCAUGGUCAUCGCAGCAGCCAGGUUGGAUGGGCGAUCAUUUUUCUACGACCUCGCUCCAUCAGCAGAGGGAACCGUGUCUGGCAUCGUGACCCUGCUGGCUGCUGCAGAAGCUCUCCGCUCUGUCACUCAAGUGGCUUCGCCCCCACGCAAUAUUUUCUUUGCCUUUUUCCAGGGGGAAACCUUCGAUUACAUCGGUAGCUCCCGGAUGGUGUAUGAUAUGCAGAACAAUAAAUCCGUGAUCGAUUUUGACAACGUGCACUCGUUUCUGGAGAUCGGGCAGGUGGGGCUGUGGAAUAAACAGAACCUGUGGAUGCAUUCGGAUCCUGUAUCUCGGAGGAAUGACACGGUCAACGAGGAGGUUGUAUCUUUGGUGACCAACAUCAAGUCUGCAGCCGCCAUGUUGAAUGUCUCAUUGGAUGAACCAAAUGCCACUCAGGCUUUACCUCCCUCCUCCUUUCAGCGCUUCCUGAGGGCUCGGCCAAUCCCAGGAGUGGUGCUGACGGAUCAUCGAUCCUCAUUUGUCAACCGGUAUUACGAGAGCCUGUAUGACACGUCGGAGUACCUGAACGUGAGUUACCCUCCCAACCUGAGCCCAGAUGAGCAGCUAGAGUACGAGACUGCGGCUGCUAAGUCUCUGACUAAAGUGGCUACUCUGGUAGCUCGCUCGCUGUAUAAGCAGGCUGGAGGGGAAGACAGCAUGCUCAGCAACAUCACUGCUGAUACAAAGACGAUGGCCAAGUUGCUAUAUGGCUUUCUGGUUAAGUCCAAUAACAGUUGGUUCCGUUCCCUGCUGCCCCGUGACAUGGUGUCAAAGGAGCGCAAUCCCAUCUUGGGUUCAGGCCCUCCUCAGUACUACGUCAGCCUGUCGCAGAGCCAACAACCAAAGAGUGUGACCACCUUUGUGAAGUACAUUCUGGCCAAUAUGACUGGCACUGCCACCAGCCUGAACCAGAGUCAGUGCCAGAAUCCGAAAGACAUUUCCGGCGAAAGCAGAGAUCUGUACACGUACGAGUGGGUGUCUGGCCCUGUGUCGGAGAACCACACGACAGGGGAACCUUUUUGUGUACGUGCACCAGUGCGCCUGGCAAAAGCAUGGUCCCCUGCCUUCGAGCUUCGACAGUAUGGUUCCAAGGAGUACUCUACAUGGACAGAGUCACGCUGGAAGAACAUCGGAGCACGUAUCUUUCUAGUCGCAAGUCCACAAUUACAGAUGCUGACAUUAGGAGUGGGCAUAGCUGUUUUGCUGGUAUCUCUAGUGGUCACUUAUUUCAUCAGUUCAAAGGCAGACGUUCUGUUCGGUUCUGCCCACGAUGCCCCAAGUACCACCUACUGAACACUCUCUCUCUCUCAUGCUCAGCCCACAGAAGAUUUCACACUCGUAUACAUUCAUGCAAACUUUUAUUACCACUAUCACCUGGUGACGUCGUUGUGCAAAGGACCGUCUUGCAAGAAUGUUUCUUCAUAUGCAGACCUGUGCUCCUGAAAUAACUUUAUUAUAAGCUGGUAGAGAAAAUGCACCAUAAAAUGUAAAGACUUUAACUAGACCUGGUCACACUGGACUGAACUCAAUAUUUUAAGGCCGGGUUUACAGACUGUACAGAAAAUGUGGCUAGGGGGAAGAUGUCCAUAAUUUUUUUUUUUUUUUUUUAAAUGGCAGAAUUUAUUUGUGCUUGCUGUACUUUGGGUUUGGCAUUAAUCUGAAGUUUCUUUUUAAUGUAUAAAUAGUGCUCGUCAUUUGUGUGUAUGACUACAUAUUAAAGAAGCAGUUUGUAAUUUUUAGAGCCCUCUGCUGUCUGUAAGGCAUUUGCAAUGUGUGGGGGGAGACGACCCCCAUGCCUAAUGGACUUCACCGGUACGUUGGAGCUAUGUAUGACUUGCGAGUUGCCUUUUAAGGAAAAAUCUUGAAGGUUUGCUUCAACUAGAGGAUGAGUUAAUUUCUGGGCCAGAAAGAUGUAAACAGAAACCUGAAAGGAGCAAACUAAUCAGGGCUGUUACAUCUAUUAUAUUAUGACUGACUCAUUUUGGAAAUGGCCUUCAAGCUUUUAUGGUUAUUGCAGGUUUAGUGGAUUUUAAGACUUACCAACUGCAUCUUUAAUUUGUAUGUGUGGUGUGACAGAAAAUGAGGAGUGAGAUAACCGAUUAGUAUGAUUUUUAAUGAUUGCAUUUGUCUAUAUGAUCAUUUGUGUACCUGUAACAGGAUUCAUUAAACUUAAAAUCCUUAGUUUCUGUGUAAAGUCUCUCAAAAAAAAGGACUGCAUUAUUUCCUGUCAAAUCUGAAAGAUCACUACUAAACUCUAAAGAUUGCAAGACAGGUGUUUUUUUUUUUUUUUUUUUUUUUUUGGGGGGGGUCCUCUGUAACUAUGAAUCUCUGCAGCUACCAGAGAUUAAAGAAUUCAAGAACACUGGUAAAUCAAAUCAACAGUAGAUGAAAUGCUUUAAUUUCUAGUCUUUUUUUUUCCCUCCUCCUCUGUGAGAAUGAAUGAAAGAACUUGAUGUCUGAAUAAACCUUGGUAUCUGAUAAA